AUGGCCAAAGAAGCGCAUCAAUGCAGGACAAUUCUUCCAGAGCCUGGAAAGCGCAAUGUACUCAUAACUAGUGCUUUGCCCUAUGUGAACAAUGUGCCUCAUCUCGGCAACCUCAUAGGUUCUGCGCUUUCAGCGGACGUUUUUGCGAGAUAUUGUAGAGCACGCGGGAUCAACACCCUCUAUUAUGGCACUACGUCUGAGACAAGAGCGCUUGUCGAGAAAUGCACGCCACAGCAGCUCUGCGAUAAAUAUCGCAGAAUCCAUGCCGCCGUAUAUGAUUGGUUCAAUAUCAGUUUCGAUAUUUUCGGCCGGACGACAACUCCGUUGCAGACAGACAUCACUCAUGAUAUCUUCCUCAAGCUCCACCAGAACGGGUUCUUAAAGGAGGAGAUGACGACGCAGCUGUACUGUCAGCAGCACAAUUCAUUCCUUGCGGAUCGCUUUGUUGAGGGGGAGUGUCCAUUGUGCGGCUAUGCAGAUGCGCAUGGGGAUCAAUGUGAUUUUUGCGGCCAACUUCUUGAUCCCCUCGAGCUUAAAAAUCCUCGAUGUAAAGUUGAUCGUGCAAGACCAGUUACAAGGGAUACCAAACAUAUUUUUCUCCAAUUGGACAAAUUGCAGGCGGAAAUCGAGCCGUUCUUCCAGCAAUCCGCAACGAACGGUGCGUGGUCUAACAAUGGCAAAGAAAUCACUUCCGCCUGGUUAAAGGAGGGUUUGAAACCACGCAGCAUCACCAGAGAUAUGAAAUGGGGAACCCCCGUUCCCCUACCGGGCUAUGAAGACAAGGUCAUCUACGCCUGGUUUGAUGCUUGCAUUGGUUAUUGGCGCAACCCAGAUGAUGUUCAACUUUAUCAGUUCCUUGGGAAGGACAAUGUUGCGUACCACAGUGUCAUCUUUCCUGGUAGUCAAAUCGGCACACGGGACACGUGGACCAAACUACACCAUCUCUCCACAACUGAGUACCUAACGUAUGAGGGUGGAAAGUUUUCCAAAUCCCGGGGAAUAGGUGUAUUUGGAGAUUCGGCGCAAAAAACUGGCGUCGCUUCUGAUGUGUGGCGCUACUACUUGAUUUCCCAUCGACCCGAAACUAGCGACAACGAGUUCAAUUGGGACUCGUUUAUCAGUGCCAACAAUAACUUGUUGCUCAAAAAUUUGGGAAAUUUUGUCAGCCGCGUCGUGAAGUUCGUCAACUCUAAAAACUUCAACAAUAUUGUGCCAGACUACACUCGAUACCACGAACCUUCAUUUGAUUUGUGGAGAAGACAAAUUGAUGGACUCCUCACUGACUACAUCCAAAAGCUAGACGCCGUCAAAAUUCGUGGUGCUUUAUCAACAGUUCUUUCUAUCUCUCAGCAGGGCAAUGUUUUCCUUCAAUCCAACAGUCUCGAUAACAAGCUUGCCGAGAGAGAACCCCUCAAAUGUGCGGCUGUCAUUGGACUUGCCUUGAAUUUGAUUCACCUUCUUUCCUCUAUCGUCUCUCCUUUCAUGCCGGACACCGCGAAAUCGAUAAAUGCUCAGCUCCACACAGAGCCAUUGCCGAUUCCCGAUCAUUGGAGUGCUGACUCGAUCAAGCCUGGCCACGAGAUUGGCAAAGCAGCUUAUUUAUUUAGCAACAUAAAGCCCGAAAAAGGAAAGGAGUGGCAAGGAAUGUUCGGAGGCCAGGAGGCGGAGAAAGCCAAAGAGGAAGUUUCUGCACGAAAGGCGGCGAAGAAAGCAGCGAUCAAGGAAGGAAAAGAAUUACAGAAGGAAUUGAAGAAGGCAAACUAA